AUGUUUGCCCCUCGUCGGCGACAGCAGGAGCGAACCAUGGGCAACUCGUCCAGCGCCGACGCACACGCGCAGGACGGCGUGACCAACCUGUCGGGCCACGACAAGCACGUCAUCAGGGACACGUGGCUGUCCUUCAAGAAGCAGCUGCGCACGGGCAGCGUCACCAUCUUGGUGGUGCUCUUCAUGCGCCACCCGGAGUACCAGCAGCUGUUCACGGCGUUCGCCGACGAACCCAUCGGCGAUCUGGCCAAGAACCCGCGCAUGCUGGCGCACGCGCUCACCUUCGCGUACGCCAUCACCGCCAUCGUCGACAGCUUGGAAGAUCCGCAGACCGCGAAAGAGAUCGUGCGCAAGGUGGCCAUUUCGCACGCGAACCGCGGCCCCGACAUGAAGACGGCCUUCGAGCACAUGGGCACCGCGGUCGUGGACACGCUUGUGGAGAAGCUGGGCUCCGCCAUGACGCCCACAGCGAUCGCUGCCUGGAAGCAGCUGUUCGCCUUCAUCGUCGACGUCAGCGUGAAGACGUUCGAGGAAAUUCGAAGACGCGACGACCAGGGACACCAACCAUCGUCGUCGGUGUCCAAGGCGUCUCCCACGUCCGCCGAAGUCUCGAAGCCCACGAGUCCAGAUCCAGCAGCGAAGACACAGGUCAGCAAGUACGCGGACUCCUACGAGCCCGAUGGCCCGGAUUGCGGAGAUCCCUUCUGCAUUUUGGAGCACAUGUUCUGGCGGUGUCUCUCGGCACAACGGUCACCUCAUCAUGGAAGGAGAGUAGGAGGAGGCGCUCAAGAGAUCCGACUUCGCAGCUUUGCUACUGGCCGUUUAAUGGGCCCGCGACGCGGCGAUCAGGCAUGCCCUGCCCGUCCCGACGUGGGAGCUGCCCGCGGCGGCUGCCCCCAGUGA